UCAUCUCAUCUAUUUAAUCUGAAUUCAGAAGAACUUCCUUAUCAGCCCAGCCCAAGCUAAAAAAGAAAAGAAAAUCGCUUGAGUGACGCAGUACAGGGAUUUCCAACUAGAACUGCAAUCCAGCCAUCUUCCCUUCCACCAACUUCUUCCCAUCAACCAACCAAAACCUGUUGACACAAUUACUUUAAAGCUACAAAUAUUUCCUCACAACUUCAACAAUUACACAACACAACACAAUUAUUGCAUUACACAGCAAUCCGAUAAGUCUACAGAUCAAUUGCCAUACAAUAACAAAGGAAACAUACCUGAAUUGAUCAAGGAGAAAGAUCAUAUCGCAGCUUCACCAUGGCUCCCCCACCUUCCCCUGCUCUCCCACUUCAGCAGAGGCUCAUACAACUCGCGCAGACAUUACAGUGUAAGUUGAUGCUUCUCUCGAUACAUGCAUGAGGAUAUUUACUGAUCAUGGUGUCGCUAUAGUUGCUUGGUUCGUUGGGUAUGUUGUGCUCUCUAUUGUUACUCCCCGCGUCAAAGAGAGCUCUUGGGAGCUUGGAUAAUAAAGAUGUGGUCUCAUCGCAGCCAUCCAAAAGUUUCAACAAAGCUUUAGCAUUUUACUUGCUCAACUUUAUGCCAUGCGAUUUUGUGGUAUAUACUGACUUUGAUUGCCAGACACCUUUCCCUCUUAUUCUGUAUUUUCAGAUAUGGCCUUUCCUACAUAACUUUCAACUAUUACUCGAGAUGGGCUACAUUUUCUUAUCGCACCGCCUUUAUUUCUGCCGCCGUUACCUACGGGAUCGUGGUUUAUAAGGCAUUCCGUGCUCGCGCCAGAGCUGGAAGAGCAAAUCAAGCAGGUUUGAUCUCAUAUAUCGCCGAUGAAAAUGUUCAAUACUUGUGUAAGUGGUUUCUCGACUGACUUGGUCAUUUACAGGCUAACAAAUGAUAGCUAUGGCAAUUGUAUGGCUUUUCUCCAAACAAUACCCCAUCGCCAUGCUUCCAUUUGGUGUCUACUCCGUCUUUCACGUCGCAACUUACACCCGUACCAAUCUCAUCCCAACUCUUCAACCAGCUCCACAAAGUGCCGACCCUAAGGCUGCUCCAAAGCCAAACGCUAUGGCCGAUACCAUUGGAAAGUUUGUCAAGGAAUACUAUGAUACCUCUAUGGGACUUGUCGCUCUUCUCGAAAUUAUCCUCUGGGUUCGCAUUUUCCUCUCCGCUAUUGCAUUUCAAUCGGGUUCCUGGAUUUUGAUCUUCAUUUACACUGCAUUCCUUCGCUCAAGAUUUUCUCAAUCCACAUUUGUUCAAGCACAAUUCAGACAAUUGGAGGCAAGAAUCGAUAGCCUUGUUGGAGCUCAAUCUACUCCACCAGCAGCAAGACAAGUUUGGGAGGCUCUUAAGGGUGGUGCUAGAACUUUCCACGAUACUACUGAUAUUGGAAAGUACAUUGGUGGCGCUCCAGCUCAAAAGAAGACUUCAUAAACGAUAACUACGCCAAUUCAAAUAUAAGAAAAGGUCACCAGUCAACAGAUCUCUGGAAGUGUCGGUGAAACACGGGAAGGAUAUUUGAGCUGGAUAGGAAAUGCAGAUAUGAAUGCUCAAAAGCAGGUGUUACAAGCGAUUCAAUGAUGAAAGGAAUAGGUCCCAGGAGCUACAUAUAUCCGGGUUGUUAUACGUCGUGAUUAAUCGGGGAUGUUUGUUCCCGGAAGUAGGAAAAAUAUGGGAAAUUGAGGCGUGAGCAGUAAGGAUGGUGUAUUCGUACUCGGUAUCCUGGCUGUUUCCUCUUCUUGUUGUUUUUUCCCCACUACAGCAGCGGAGUCAUUUGUGCGAUUAUUUCAACCUUUCGUGUAUCCAAAGUCUAAUAAUGAGGAUUUUAUAAAUUCAGAUUGAUUAAUAG